AUGGCUACUCCGGCGCUGCUCAGGAGCUCCGAGCCGGCGCUGUGCCCGAGCUUCGCGGAGGUCUGCUCGUUCCUGGAGCGCUACGGAGCCGUCCUCGACCUACCCGAGAUGACGUUCCCGCAGAUGGAGGGCUACCUGCGCGAAAAGACGUCAGUUCCCAAACCUCUCAUUGAACUCCACGUCAAGCUGCUCCGAAAGCUCUGCAAGUCCGUGACGAUAGAGCGCUGGGAAAAAUAUCUAGCCAAGAUGUGCCAAGAGCUGAACAGCGCCUGGGCUUGGGAGCUGGAACAGAACGGAUACCAAGACAUGUCCAUGGAGUGCAAGUCCAGCAUCCUCAAAUAUUUAUGCGAGUGCCAGUUUGAUGAUAACUUCAAGUUCAAAGCGGUGAUCAACGAGGAGGAGCCGGACAAAAUGCGCCUGCAGCCUAUCGGGCGAGACAAGCAGGGCCUUAUGUACUGGCUUCAGCUGGACCAGGAGCAGAAUAUCCGGCUGUACACGGAGGAGCAGGACGACUUGGACGGAUCCACUUGGAGAUGCAUCGUUAGGACCCGCAAUGACCUGGCUGAAGCACUGGAGCUACUCAAGGCUCAAGUUUUUCCAAACCUGAACCAGGACCAAGAGCAGAAAAUGGCUGAAUCUGGGAGCAGCAGUCCCGCUGAUAGAGAAGCAGACGCCCAACUCGGUGAAAUUUCUAAGGCUCUUCCUGAUGAUGGAAAAGUUAAAAAAGAAGAAAAACUCCUGAAACAAGAGGAAAACAAGGAGCAGACAGCAAAUAUCAAGCAGGAAGCAAAAGAAGAGAAAAGCAGCGAUGGAGCGCCCCUCUUUGAUAAUCACGUGAGCACCAUCACCUCUGUCAUCAAAUCCGAGUGCAGGGACUCGUCGGUCGUCACGACCGUCGCACCCAAGCAGGAAGAGGAGGCCGGGCGCGCCGUGGUCAGAAGCAGCCAGCAAGCCAAAAUUCCGCUGAAAAAGAGAGAGCUCAAGCUAGCCGAAAGCUACCACGGCAAUCACCUCACUAACAAUAACAGCAGCAGCAUCAUAGUGUGCAACCCCUCAGUCAUACAAACUAAGGAUGUCUCGUCGACCCUACCCCGUGGCCAAACGGCAUCCCAACGGCUCCUCGAUCUGAUGAACGGGAGGGCGUCCGUGGUGUUGCAUCACAUUGGCGUCAUCCGCGGUCCAACAACCAGCGAAGAGAAUGGUUGUAGAGCGGCUGAGGAUGAGAAGAACGUUCAGGGCUGCAUUUCAAGAACUCCAGAGCUGGGGCGCCAGUCAGUGCUCGUGAGGAACGAGCCGGUUCCCACGGAGACGCUGCACCAGGGUCCGAAAACGAGUAACGACAAAGAACCAGAUGAAAGCGUCCAGCGGGGCGAGGACGCCGACUCGGGAACAAGAGAACUUCACACAGAUAAAGAACGAAGUAAAGAUGAACAGAAAAAGCACUCGAAUGCUUUAGAAAAAGUGCAAGCGGAGCCGAAAAAAGGACAGGAACAGCAGUUGGACAAGGGAGAGAAAGGCGUCAAUGGCGAAUUACCGGAGAAAGGGGAGAUAGAGGUGGAUGAUAAGCCACGUCCAAAAGAAAAAGCAUCCUCAGAACUCCAGAAAGAAGGAAUACGCUUGAAGAUCAAGAUCCCCCCUCAUCGGAGGAACAAGAUGAAAGCCAAGGAGCAGCAGCAGAAGGAGGCACCAGAAGGAGGGAGAUCUCUAAGGAGGUCUGCCAGGAUCUGCAGGCCAAGUUCCAAGGCGUCCGAUAGCCCGAAAAAAAAGAAAGGUCAACAAAAACAGACAAAAGAAGAAGAAAAAGAGGACGACGAGGAAGAGGGAGAUGAAGAUAAUGAAAAGGAGGGUGUUACUGCUAAGAAAGAUGCAAAAGGAACAGCUGCCGUCCAAACGAGGAAGCGCAGGGGUAAGCGGCGACACGGAUGCCCCAGGUGGUCCAACGUACGCGCCAAGCGUCGUAAACUGAACGAAGAUGACGACGAAACAGGUGGAAAAGCGCGGGAGGAAGCCAGCGACGGCGGAAACCGCUCGGACGACUCCUGCCAGUCUGAGGAGAUUCCCAAAGAGGAUGCCUGCACCCAUUGCGGUCUUCCCAACCACCCGGAAUUGAUUCUGUUGUGCGACUCGUGUGACAGUGGAUAUCACACAGCGUGCCUACGGCCGCCGCUCAUGCUCAUCCCUGACGGCGAGUGGUUCUGCCCGCCGUGCCAGCACAAGCUGUUGUGUGAAAGGCUUGAGGAGCAGCUGCUGAACCUGGACAGUGCUCUGAAGAAGCGAGAGCGUGCCGAGAGGAGGCGGGAGCGGCUGGUGUACGUGGGAAUCAGCGUCGAGAACAUCAUCCCUGGAGACGAGGAAGACGAAAAGACUACCAAAAAGAAAGACGCCAAGAAGAGUAAAAAUCUGGGAAGGAGGUCGACCAGAACCAGGAAGCACAUAAGCUACAGAUUUGACGACUUCGAUGACGCCAUUGAUGAGGCCAUUGAAGAGGACGUCGGAGAUGUUACCACUGUUGAAUGCAGAGACAUUGUCGGCGCCCCGUUACCCGAGCACGGUGCGGCGGGCCGACGUCGGCCAGUGAAGGCCGCCGCCCGAAACAGGAAGCGGCGACGUCUGAAUGACCUGGAGAGCGACAGCACGGCGGUGGAAAGUGAAGACGACUUCACACUCAGCAACAGCUCUGAGGAUGAAGAAUUCGGUGCUUCGGGCUCAAACGACGACGAGGAAGACGACGAUGAAGGGGGCAGCUGGGACGGUGCGUCGCGGCCCAAACGCACGGCGAGAGCGGCGCUCAAACACAAAACGGGCAGGACCAAACACAAAGUCGGCAGACCACCCGGACGACCGCGCCGAAGGAGACGCUCCUCUGACGAAGACGAUGAGGAUGGCAGCGAUGAAGACUCUGAUCAGUACAGUGACAUGUCGGACAAAAAGCGCGGCGGGCUGAGACGCGGCCAGCGGCAGCAGGUCAACUACCGCGAGGCUUCCGAGUCUUCCGACAAUUCGCGAACGUCCGGUAAAAAGAAAGAAGUCAAACCGUGCGGACGGCCGCGAAAGGAACGGCUUUCCAGCGACUACAGCGAUCUGUCACCUUCUUCACGGGACUCGGAAGAGGAGGAGGAGGAUCAAGGCGAUCAGAGAAAGCGGAAGCGAGAGAAGCGAAGGCGACGUGACGAAGAAGAGGAAGAAGACGAGCGGGCGGGAGGGAAACGACACAGACGGCAACCUUCGGAGAAAGAUGAGGACGAAAGGAGGAGAGUCCGGAAGUCGGAGGGAGAGGAGGACGACCCGACGAAGAUGGGCCGAGGGAAGCGGCGGGAGAUGUUGUCCCAACGGCGGCGGAAGCGGCUAGCUCAGAUGCUGAAAAAGCGAAGGCCUUCCACAGACGAGUCCCAAGAAUCGGAAUCUUCCUCCGAAGAGGACCGACCGCUCCGGAAAAGACUCAACCGCAUCGAUUCGGACGAGGACGAGCAAGAGGAGUCGGAGGAGACGAAAGACGAGAGCGACGCUCGGGACGAGAGCGACACUGGCGAGGUCGGGCGGGACAAACUCAACGGCCCCACGCGCACGGAGGACGAGGAGGGAGAGGCCAAGUCGGACUCGUUAAACUCUGCCCACAACAGUCCGCGCUCAUGA